AUGGAGAGCGUGAUACAUGAAGACUCGCCGCUGGCCGAGUUCCUGGAGGGCGAGGGCAAAGGAGGGCUCUCUGCGCCGCCAUCGCCCGCCGUAUCCACCUACUCGGACGCCCGCGGGUUUGCGCCACGCGGGCCCUCCACGCUGCAGUCGAGGAUAAGAGACCGGCUGCCGCAGCCGCUGCGCAUCCGGGCGAACCGCCACGGCUCCGUUGCGCGCAUUCACCUGGCAUGUUCGAAAGCAGUCAACUCGCGCCUGGGACGCGCCGACAACGAGCGGUUCCUCGAGCACUUCCGCUACCUCAUCGUCGCCUCGCAGCUGCUGGGCGAGCAGUCGAGCAUCCGGACCGCGACCUUCCCCAGCCACGCGAACGGCCGCGGGCCCGGUCCAGAGUUCAAGGUCACCACCAUCAGCCCGGCCGGCGCCGUCCUCACUGCGGCGACGGCCUUUACGCUCGUCUGGCUCAUCCACUGGGCCCGGCGCAAGUCCGGCUUUAGCAAAACGCGCUUCGUCGUCGUCCUCGUCGUCUUCGUCGUCGUCGCGACCGUGGCGUACGGCUAUGUGCGCCGCCAGUGGCUGCAGACGCUGAGGCAGCAGGCGGUUGAGAAUGCGUCGGCGCUCGUCACCAACCUGCAGGCGUUUGAGGCAUCGACGUCGUCGGCCCUCGCGCUGAUCCAAGAGGUCGAGCUCGUCUCAAGAGGCUACAGAUUAUCCAUGCCGAUGCCGCCCAUCUCCCGGAUCGAAGAGAAAGGCCAAGUCCGUCGCUGCCAACGUCUGCGCCGGAGUCUGUGGGCCGCCUAUGCCACGAUGAUCCCGAUCUUGUCAGAGCAGUGCCAGACACUGCGCCGGCAAGUCCAGGAGGAGGACAUUGAAAAGUACCUCGACGUCUACGAAGUCAGCAACCCGGACCUGCAAGAAGCGGCCCUCGGAUACAGCGAGUCGGAAUUCGAGGACCUUGAGGGCGUCAAGGCGCUGCGCACCUGGCAGUACCGACUGUCGACCCUGCGCCGCGUGUAUUUGUGCUCCUUGCUAGCGCUCCAGGCUGACGGCGGAAAAGCCGACUUCUCGAGAUGGGCGACUGUAGUAGACUCGAUGGUCACGGUAGCCGCGCCAACCGGGGAGAGGAGCGAGAAGUUCAACCAGGUGCUAGCCGAGGAGGAGCAGUUUACAAUCCCAUCGCCGAACAAGCUGGCGCCCACACCAGGCCGCGAGAACCUGCGUAACUCGGUCCGCAAGCUGUCUGGCCUGUCACAGGGCAUCCGCGGCCUGCAGGCGAAGAUGCAGGUCCUGCGCGAAGAGACCAACAAGAGCCUGGAAGACACAGAAGACGUCACAGAGCUUGGUGGCCACCUGAUGGUGCAGUACGACUCGAUUGGCGCCGACCUGCGGAGCCUCAUGCAGGCAUGGGAAGCCGGCAGAAACGCCCUCGCGCUCAACAUCGAGCGCCACUCGCGCCGCAUCUCCCAAGCCUCGAGCAGCGGCGGCCUGCGCUCCCCCGUGCCCAGCCUCGGCGGCCUAACCGCCGUCGACGAAGGCAGUCCGUCCGACGCCCUGCGCGCUCUGAACGGCGAAACGCUGAGUCCGCACCCGAGCGCGCCCCCAAGCGACCACGGCAGCGCCUCGGACGACGAGGUCUUUGAAGCCAUUGCGCUCCCCAAGACAAGACGCGCUGCGUCGCGCGAGGAGCGCAUGCAGAAGAUGCAGGCCGAUCGCGCGCGCCAGGCGUUGCUGCGCGAGCAGCGCGAGGCUAGCAAUAAUAUGCUGCGCGAGCUUGAGAGUGUUAUCAGUCUCCGGCCCCAUAGGCAUACGCUCCCGGCCGGACGGGUUACGAGCCUUUGA